UGCAAGUACUUUCAUUUACUUAUGAUGUCUCUCCUCAACGAUUUUCUCACCCUUGAUCUCUCCCACUCAACGGAGAAAAUCAUUGCUGAAUAUAUAUGGAUUGGUGGGAGUGGAAUGGAUAUGAGAAGCAAAAGAAGGACAUUGCCUGAGCCAGUAUCUGACCUACAUAAGUUGCCCAAGUGGAAUUUUGAUGGAUCAAGCACUGGCCAGGCUCCCGGAGAAGAUGGUGAGGUCAUUUUACGACCUCAAGCCAUCUUUAAGGAUCCUUUUCUAAGGGGAAAUAAUAUUCUGGUAUUGUGUGAUACAUGUACACCAGGUGGGGAACCAAUCCCUACUAAUAAAAGGUUUGAUGCUGCCAAAAUAUUUAACCAUCCAGAUGUCGUUGCUGAAGAGCCCUGGUAUGGGAUUGAGCAGGAGUAUACUCUGCUUCAAAAGGAUGUUCUUUGGCCUCUUGGAUGGCCGGUUGGUGGCUUUCCUAGACCUCAGGGACCAUACUACUGUGGUGUUGGGGCUGACAAGGCGUUUGGUCGGGACAUUGUGGAUUCUCACUACAAAGCUUGCCUUUACGCUGGAAUUAACAUAAGUGGGAUCAAUGCAGAAGUUAUGCCAGGCCAGUGGGAAUUCCAGGUUGGCCCCUCUGUUGGAAUUUUUGCCAGUGAUGAGUUGUGGGUGGCCCGCUACAUCCUUGAGAGGAUUACAGAGAUUGCUGGGGUUGUUCUUUCGUUCGAUCCUAAACCGAUCCAGGGUGACUGGAAUGGUGCUGGUGCCCACACAAACUACAGCACCAAGUCCAUGAGAGCCGACGGUGGAAUCGAUGUUAUCGUUAAGGCCAUUGAGAAGCUGCGCCUGCGCCACAAGGAGCACAUUUCUGCAUACGGGGAGGGCAACGAGAGAAGAUUAACAGGCCACCAUGAAACCGCAGACAUCAACACAUUCUCAUGGCCACAGGGAAUUGCGAACCGGGCGGCAUCUAUCCGCGUGGGCCGUGAUACUGAAAAGGCAGCCAAAGGCUACUUUGAAGAUCGACGGCCAGCAUCGAACAUGGACCCAUACGUGGUCACCUCCAUGAUUGCGGAGACAACGAUUCUGUGGAGCCCACAUAGUAAGAAGAAAAACAACAGCUCUUCAUAAUGUAAUCGUAUAAUAACAAGGGAUUCAUUCCAUCUUUCCAAUUUAGAUUGAUAUAAAUCAUCUAAUACAAUCCAUAUGCAUUAUAAUAACUAUGUGUAGGGCACAUUCCCACGAUGUUUUAAAUGUAAAAUCUACUCCAUCCAUUACGGAUGGUUAGAUUCAACUUCGUUUUCAAUGGUUAUAUUAUCAAUGGUA